AUGGACCACAACCUUCCUCAAAGUUAUCUAGAUCUCACCUCGGAAUUGUUGCAGGAAAUAUUUAAUAUAUAUAUCGAUGAGAAUAGGUUGUAUACAUACAGUUUUGUAAGGAUACAGGGAUUUGAGAACGGGAUAGGCCAAAAUAACAAUGUUCUCUCAACGACGUCGACCACCACAGUUUCCUAUCAGGUUGCCAUUUCAAAACCAACCAAAGAAAAACCAAUUCCGAGUAUUGUCUAUAAUAUUCGAGUGGAUUUUAAGAUUCCUUCUCACAAGAUUUUGAAACAGCUCUCCUCACUCCCUUUCAUUCAGCAUGUUCAAUUUCUUGUGGAGCAUCGGAAAGAGCCUUUUGAGCUCUGUUUGCUUAUUGAGGAAGGAGUUUUAACGGACUCUAAAGAAGCCAUCAAGAAGGAGUUUGAUUUAAUAUCUCUCAUUGAUCAAUUCAUGGGAAAAGAACUCACUCUUCAGAAGAGUUCUCUCAAAUAG